AUGAAUCAAUUUAAAGGUAGAUUACGGCAAGUAAAGGAUCCUAUCGACAAAGUAAUUUCCCUGGAAAAUGAUAAUGAUAUGGAAUUUUCUUUUCCUGAUCUCGGAAAAUAUUUUAAUCUCGAUAAAAAAAUUAACAUAGGGUAUAAAUUUAUGGUAUACCGAAGUACAUAUUUUAUCAAUGCACCGAAUAAUAUACGAUCCGGAGAAUUAUAUAAAUUAUCCAUCAAUAUAUUGGCAAAUAUCAAAGCUUUAGUAAGAAUUGAAGCGAAAAUAAUCAAAGAUGAUGUUACGCCUAUAGAAAUUAUUGCCAAAAAUUUUGGCGAUUUUCCGCCCGGGAAAUCUAAGGAAUUAUCAAUACAGAUUCCUACAAUGUUGAAAGAGGGUAGUUAUUUGUUAUCGGUAAUGUCUCCAGAUAUACAAUCUUUAAAGGAGGAGAUCAACAUUGGAUUUAAUAGAAAAGAAAUAUCUAUUUUUAUACAAACUGACAAAAAUAUCUAUAAACCUUCAGAUAAAAUUAAUUUCAGAAUGAUUGUGGUCGAUUCUAAAUUAAAACCAGUUGACAGAAAAAUUGAUGUAGUGAUUUUGGAUCCCAAAAACAAUCGCCUAAUGCAAUGGAUGGGCAGAAACCUAUAUAAAGGUUUAUUCACUGGAUCCUUUCAGCUAACGGAAAAAACUACUCAAGGAUUAUGGACAUUACGGUGUGAUAUAGGAAAAAUAUCAGAAUCCAAAAUUCUUAAUGUUGAGGAAUAUAUAUUACCAUUGUAUGAUGUUAUUCUUAAUGUGCCGACCUAUGAAACUCUGAAGGAUAAUAAAAUCGUUGUAAAGGGAUCUUUUGAGGCCAAAUAUACAUAUGGGGGUAAUGUGCUGGGCCAAGCUACUAUAUCAUUGAAAGACUUAUAUGGCAAUUACGAUAACUUUCAUCAAAAAACAAAUUAUCCCGAGAGGGUCAUUACGUUAAAUUCUAACAAUGGAAUCACAACUUUCGAGCUUAGUUUAGAAUUUAAAGGAGAAAAUUUCAUCGAUCAUUCGAAUUUUGAAUAUGGUAGACCUUUCAACUUGAGCUUGGAAUUCGUAGAUAAUCUGACUCAGAUGCGAAGAAUGACAUCUCAAAUAAUUAAUAUUUAUACAUUUCCAUAUCAAAUAACCUUUUCGGGAUCGCCUUAUUAUAAAAGCGGGUUACCCUACCACUUGAAAGUUACUGUUAGUAGACUAGAUGAAAAGCCAUUGACAAACAAUGACCCAAAAGAGAUAGAGCUAUUUAAAAUAAUCAAUUAUAAUAGCGCAUAUUACUAUAACGCAUAUGUAAAGAAUACACCAUCUAAGAACGAUUCCUUUUCCAUAAAAAUACCUCUUAACGGUGUGAAAAAUAUACUCAUCAAUGAAACUAAUGAUAACAAUGAUAUUGCAUCUAUAUCCAUAAAUGCAAGAUUCAAGAACACUAAUAAAGUGUUUUCCUACGUUAUUACAGCUUUCCACGAACCCUCCAAUAUAUACAUGAUACUGAAAAUAGAGGAGAAACCGAUAAAAAUUAUGCCCUCGAAAGCUCUAGUAUACUCUCAGCCUAAGACUUAUAGGACCAGAAAUUUAAACAGUAAAAGUGAGAAAAAGUUAAAGGGAACAUUAAAUCGGGGAUAUAUCAUCACAAAAUCUAAGGCGAUUGCUGCAGACUCGAUUGAUCUAAUUAUUCAAGAUUUCUCAGAAAAUAAGAUAAUCUUAUCGGACAAACCAGAAAAAACCAAAAUCCUAAAAAAUAUAACUGUAGAGAGAAGUCCAGACUCAAUGUUAAAUAUUUACGUGACAACUACACCUAAUUCAAUAGUCUGCCUUUCAGCUAUAGAUAAAAGCGUUUUUCUUUUGGCCGAAAACAAUGAUUUGACCCAACAAAGGAUAGUUCAAGAAAUAAAUUCUUAUAGCUAUAAUGGCUUCCCAUAUAGUAGUGUUCCUUUUAGAAGGCCAAUAGAGGAGGCGCUUGAUCCCGCACAUAUUUCAAAAUCAAAUAGAAUAGAAGACCAAAUAAAAAUUAAUGAUAAGCAACGUAUUGCUGGCGCGAUGAGUUCUUCAUCGAUAAAGGUUUCAUUCAAAAUUCCGGACACUAUGACAACUUGGAUUGCGACGGCCUUUUCACUAAACAACCAAAAAGGUUUAGCAAUUACAGAAAAUGCAUUUAACAUACGUGUGGCAUUAAAAUUUUUCGUCUCAGUCAAUCUCCCUUACAGCGUUAUCCGUGGUGAAACACUUAAACUAAAUGUCGUAGUGUAUAACUAUCAUAAUACAGAUCUUAUAGCAAAUGUGAGUUUAAUUAAUGAUAAAAGUUUUGCUCUCAUUGAUGGUGUACACAAAGAAUUGCAAACAGUGUCAGUCAAAAAAAAAUCUGGAAUCAGUGUAUAUUUCGAGAUACGUCCUUUGAAAGUUGGUAACAUAGAAAUAAAAGUUAACGCCGCUACUAAAACAUUAAGCGAUACGAUACGAAAAUAUUUAUUAGUUAAGGCGGAGGGUCAAACUCUUUAUUUUAAUAAACCAUAUUUGGUUUUAAAUUCUUUACCCGCUUUAGACAAAAAAUUUUCUUUUCAAUGGGAUAAAAGUAAUAUGAUACCGGGAUCACAAUUGAUGGAAAUAUCUGUAAUAGGUGAUAUCAUUGGACCGUCUUUAACAAAUAUUGGUAACUUAAUUCGUUUACCUAGUGGUUGCGGGGAACAAAAUAUGCUAAACUUUGCUCCCAAUAUAUACAUAUAUAUUUAUCUUAAAACAAAACAAUUGUUGACAUCCGAGACUCAGGAUAAAAUUGUAAAAUAUACUAAGGCGGGUUAUCAGCAGCAAUUGAGUUAUCAGAGAAACGAUGGAUCUUUUAGUGCAUUUGGAAAUUCAGAUCCGAAGGGAAGUGUGUGGUUAUCGGCUUUUGUGUUAAAAAGUUUUGUACAAGCUAAAUCUAUCGACAUUAUAUAUAUCGAGCAAGCUAUAUUUCACAAAAUCUUAAAGUUUUUGUCAUCAAAUCAAUUGGAUGAUGGUUCUUUCAAAGAAACAGGAACUGUUAUUCAUAAGGCUAUGCAGGGUGGAACAUCAGGAAAUAUUGCCUUAACAGCUUUUGUGUACAUAGCUAUUAAAGAAGCCUACAAUAUAUAUGAUACUAAGCUUGGUGUCGAUAUAAAAAAUAUUUUAUCCAAAGCAGAAACAUACAUGGUAAGAAUGAUUAAAGAUUCUAUUGAGACCAUAAAUACCUAUGAUUUAGCGAUUUUAUGUUAUGCGCUAUAUCUUUCCAAGAACAAUAAAGAAAUUGCGCAAAAAUCCUUAAAACAAUUAAAGGGUCUCGAGAUGAGAGAAAAGGAGAUGACGUAUUGGAUUAAUACUGACAAAUUAAAAUCGUGUGAAAGUGAUAACAAGAUAUGUGAAUACAUUCCAAUAUCAUUGGAUUUUGAACAGACGAGUUACGUGCUUCUGACCUUAGCUCUCAAUAAGAAUAUCGAAGAAGGAAUACCUGUUUUAAAAUGGCUUUUAUCACAAAGAAAUUCAAUAGGUGGUUACUCUUCAACACAGGAUACAAUAGCUGCAUUGUCAGCUAUUACAGAAUUUGCAAAAAUUCUCAACUUAAACACAAAGCUAGAUUUGAUAAUAGAGUUUUAUUCAAUUCUAAUGCACUCACUGAUGUAUAAAGUAAGUGUUAACCAACAAAAUUCUCUCGUACUCCAUACAUUUCAACUGAAAACUAUGGAAGAAAAUAUUAACGUUAUAUCUAAAGGGGUAGGAUCUGCUAUUAUUCAGUUUUCUUGGUCGUAUAAUAUUCCAGAAAAUAAAAGCGGCAUUGGUUUUAGUUUAAAUAUCGUGACGAUAGAUAAAUUCGUUGAUAUUUGCACAAGCUACAUAUUAAAUGGCACAAGUAAUAUGGCAAUAUUAGAGGUAAAUGCCUUGAGUGGGUAUGUCAUCGAUCGAGAAAGUAUUUCGGCUAUUAAUCUCACUGAAUUCAAAUAUUUUGAAUUGGAAAAUGGUGGAACAAAAAUCGGUAAAUCUGUAUGCUUAAGAAUAACUAUGACAAAGUUGUAUAACAUAAUGGAUAUAAAACCGGCCUUUGUCAAAAUAUCUGAUUAUUACCAGCCAGAUAUAUAUAAAAUAGGUUACAUUACUCCGAAAUCUAAUAAACCUUCAAAGUUAAUCUCAAUUGAUCAAAAUUGA